AUGUCGAGCUCCAGAUCCAACUUUGAACUCCUCGAGUCAUCGACCCGUCCCCCCUCUCGAGCUCCUUCCCGCGCACCCUCCGUUUCCGAACGAGACCGAUCGCCACCGCCGCCCGACCCGGCGCCUCCACGCCGCAAGAUGAAGAAGCAACACCCGCAGAAGGAGGUGCAGCAAUUCUGGGACAAGUUCACCACCAACCACCCGGGCAAGAUAUUCACCCUCCUGCCCGACAACCUCUACGCAAAACGCGCCGCCGCGCACCACAAGAAAGAGCGCGAUGCCGGGAGCCCGCAGGCGCAGAAUGCCAUGGCCUCCUACGAGGAGGCCGUGGCCGCGUGUCAAGAGAAGGUCCGGAAAAUAGUGCGCGACUGCCGGCGCAUCAACCAGAAAUACAGAGAUCCGCACUUUGAUCUCGAGACGGACUUUCGGCGCAGCAAGCAGAUGGGCGUGCCCCCGGACUGCUUGACCACAUUGGGCGAGACUACGUCGGAGCUCAAGCCCAUGUCCGUGAAAAGGAUAGAGGACAUUUUCGAUAACCCGCGCUUCUUCGUCGACGGCGCCUCGGCGAAUGAUAUUCGGCAGGGCAAUGACGGCGAUUGCUGGCUGAUGUCGGCCCUGUGCACGCUGAGCAACAAGAAAGAUCUCAUCAACCGCGUCUGUGUGGCGCGGGAUGAGGAGGUCGGCGUUUACGGCUUCGUCUUCCACCGAGAUGGAGAGUGGAUCUCCGAAGUCAUCGAUGACAAACUGUACCUUAUCAAGGAGGAUUUCGACGACUCAAUCCGCGACCGCCACCAAUGGCUCGAGCUGCAAAACAGAAAAAGCCCCGAAGAGGAGUACCGGACUGUUAUGCAGACCGGAUCAAGAGCGCUGUACUUUGCACAAUGCAGCGAUCCGAACGAAACAUGGUUGCCGCUAUUGGAGAAGGCAUACGCCAAAGCCCAUGGCGACUACUCGGCCAUUGACGGUGGCUUUGUAGGUGAGGGUAUCGAGGAUCUCACUGGCGGUGUCACCUCCGAGCUGUUCUCCACAGACAUUCUCGAUAAGAAUAAGUACUGGCAGGAGCUCAUGCAAGUGAACAAGGACUUCCUCUUUGGCUGUGGUCAAAUGGGUGGCAGCUAUGGUGAGAGGAAGGGCAUCCAGGAGAAACAUGCCUACUCCAUCAUGGAAGCCAGAGAAAUUGGGGAACACAGGUUACUCAAGCUCAGGAACCCUUGGGGUAAGACUGAAUGGAGUGGCGCAUGGUCUGACGGCUCUGAGGAGUGGACUCCCGAGCGCAUGCAAGAACUCAACCACCGGUUUGGAGACGACGGUGUGUUCUGGAUUAGCUACAAGGACCUCCUGCGCCAUUACCAGCACUUCGACCGCACCCGUCUUUUCGGGCCCGAGUGGACUAUCACCCAGCAAUGGACGAGCCUCAAUGUUCCGUGGUCCGUUGACUACCUGGACACCAAGUUCACCGUUACUCUCAGCAAGCCGAGCCCGGUCGUCAUUGUCCUUCAGCAACUUGAUGACCGCUACUUUGCGGGUCUCGAGGGUCCCUAUGACUUCCAUCUCCAGUUCCGGGUCCACAGAGGCGACGAGCCCGACUACAUUGUUCGCAGCAACGGCCCAUACUACAUGAAGCGCUCUGUCAGUACAGAAAUCGAUCUUGAGCCGGGAACAUACACUGUGCUUCUUAAGAUUACGGCGAAGCGUUACGCAAGGCCCACUCCUAUCGAAGUCGUCCGCGAAAAUUGCUUCAGCCGCAGGGAGAAGUUGCUUUCAACUGGUCUCAGCUACGACCUUGCUCAUGCCAAGGGCCAGUUCAAGCAAAUCGCAAGAGAGGACAAGCAGCGAGAGAAGAAGGAACGAAAGGCCCUGGAGAAGGCAAAGAAGAAGAAGAACCACGAGAAGAUGCGCAAACACCGCCAGAAGGCAAAGCUUCGGGAGCAGAAGAAGCAGAUCAGACGUGCUCAGAGGCAAGCCGAAGGCGCAGCGCCGAAUGGUCUUCCGACCCCUGGGUCAAUGGACAAUCAACCCGACUCCGCCGACCCGCUCGGCAUCUCCCUGAGCGGUGAUGAUGCAGAUGAGACCCGGCCCUCCGUGCGCUCCCACCACCGCGGUCGAUCCUCGACUUCUGGCGCGCAGGUUCCCAUGCGUGUUGAGGCAGCUCACAACGCUAUGGAGAGCUCCGGUGCGUUCCAGGGACGUGGGGGUUACAACGGUCGUGGUGGCUACAACGGCCGUGGCGGAUACAACGAGUCGACUGAGUCCUUCCCCGACGUCAGCGAGCCUGCUGAGGAAAAGGUUCCUUCCCGUCACAACUCACCCUCUCUGACUUUCGAGGCUGCUACUCCGAUUGACGGCGAGCCUGGGUUUGGUGGUCGCGGUGGGUACAAUGGACGGGGUGGCUACAAUGAGGGACGUGGAGGCUACAACGAAGGCCGUGGUGGGUACAACGAGGGUGAAGCGUCGACUGACACUCACCCUCAUACUCCUCGUUCCAUGGGCACUUCUGAGGUCGGUCCGCCUUCUGCAUACGACCGCCGCCCUCCUGCCGAGACUAUCCCCAUUGAGGGCCGCGAAUCCCCUGCUGGGGAUUUCACUGGCCGUGGUGGCUACAACGGUCGUGGCGGAUACAACGGCCGUGGCGGUUACAACGAUGCUCCUGAGUCUGACUCCCGUUCUGGCACUCCUCAGAUUCCGCACAGAACCUCGUCGCCCUCUCGGGGCUAUACUGGUCGUGGUGGAUACAACGGAAGAGGUGGAUACAACGAAGUGGCCGAGCCACAGAGCUCUUCUCGCGCUGAUACGCCACCUCCGGGUUCUCGUGCCAGGUCUCCGUCCGCCUCGCCCCAACCCGAGCAUGGCUUCACGGGCCGGGGUGGCUACAACGGACGCGGCGGCUACAAUGGCCGUGGUGGCUACAAUGAGGACGGCAAGAAGGAUGCCCGCAACGCAUCCCCCGCUCCCUCGCCUAGCGGACGCCGCGCGACAUCUCCUCGCCCCCCGCGCCCGCGUCGCCGUGAUACGCUGUCGCCACACCCAGUCCCCAACAUUCACAUCAACCGCUCCCGUGCCUCUUCUGUUGCCGGUUCUGUGGUCGAUGCCUCGGGGCUUAGCGAUAGCGACCUUUCUUGGGACUCGGAACUGGAUGACCCCACCAGCGACUCUGAGACAGAGGACGAGUUCCACGAUAGCCGCAACCAGGCCAGCCUGAUUGAGAGGAUGCAAAUGCAUCUCCAGGGCGACCGUGGCCAGGAACAGGCUUCGAACCAGCCCGAGGAAGUGGAUCCCGAUGACCAAUUCGAGCGGGAUCCCUGGAACGCCGUCUGCGUUGUCGGCCUUCGCGUCUACAGCAAGGAUACGGAUGUCACGAUCGAUGUGGUCAGGCCGAAGCGCGAGGAGACCAAGAAGGGCAAGGGUCUUGACAGGACUCUUGACAUCGACGACUCCGCCAAGGAUGCCACGAGGGGCCUCGGCGUCAUGACUCCCGAUCCAAGUUUUGGAAGGUUUGACGCCUACGUUAGCACCAUCGGCAGCGCACCUGCAAAUGUCGAGAGCUCGAGGCAAGGAUGA